AGGCAUCGCAGUCAAGUGGGUUUGCGGGAGUAAUCCAUCGGAUGAUCCAAUACUCCUCUCCGGAGAAUUUCCAAUGAUUAUCAGUACUCUGACCUUCCAUAAGUUUGAAGUUGCGAGUACUCAGAUCAAUCCAGAGGGCGAGCCCGCUCAGGCCGCCUCCUCACAUCGCAUGCGACCAUGACCAGGAGACUUGUUCGCACGGGCAUCCAGCUCGGCUUGCUAGUCACCAUCGUCCUAUUCCUUGUCGUAUUUCUCGAUAACAGAUACCGCGUCCUCCCUAAUGCCAUCCACAGCCAUCUACCUGCGCACCAUCCAGGCUUUGUGGUCACCGACCUUACAGUCGUCACCUGCUCAUCGUUAAACCCUUUCAGUCGAUGUACAGUCGACGGCGAGGACUGGCACCGGGUCGAAAAGGACUUGUACCUUGGGAAAGGCUUCUUGUCGAAAGCCUACCUCUAUGUACAAAGACAGCGCGAGGAUGAUUUAAGCACGCACGCCGAAGUGGUCACGGAUGUCAAGAUUGGCCGCUUGCAGCCGUCGGCCGUCGACCCAACUUCAAAGGAUGAGAGAUGGGAGUCUCGUCCCGCCGGGAUAUGGAUCAAGUUGUCCUCGAAACGGCACGAUAAAAUGGUGACAGGAGUUGACGUCCUCUUUGGCGCCGAUGCGGUGGAUCCUCGCUCGAACUGGGAAAUCCAGGACAUUUCCUUAUUCAUUGAUGCAGACCGCGAGUCCCCCGAACCUCGUCUCACGGUCCGCAAAGGCCCGGCUUUGAACGCCGAGAGACCCGUCCCUCGGAUACGAAAAGAUGGUAAAUUCAAGAUUAUGCAAGCAGCAGACCUCCAUCUUGCAACGGGCUUGGGGAAAUGCCGCCACGCACUACCCGAGGGACAAGAAUGCGAGGCCGAUCCACGUACGCUCGACUUCCUCGCUCGCAUGAUUGAAGACGAGAAACCAGACUUCGUGGUCCUUACUGGCGAUCAAGUCAACGGGGACACUGCGCCCGAUGCUCAAACCGCGAUCUUCAAAUACUCCGAAAUGUUUGCGCGACAUAAGAUUCCCUAUGCCGGCAUCUUCGGUAAUCAUGAUGAUGAAGGAAACCUCAACCGCGCAGAAUCCAUGGCCAUUAUGGACGGCCUCCCUUAUUCGCUCUCCACUGCUGGUCCGGAAGAUGUUGAUGGCGUGGGCAACUACGUGGUGGAAAUCCUGGGACGGGGAUCUACCUCCCACUCCGCGCUGACGCUGUACAUGCUCGAUACCCACUCCUACUCCCCAGAUGAGCAGCACUAUCACGGCUACGAUUGGCUCAAACAAUCACAGAUUGAUUGGUUCAAGACCACGUCUCAGUCUCUGAAGAGGAAGCACAAGGAAUACACACAUAUACACAUGGACCUGGCAUUCAUUCACAUCCCCUUACCAGAAUAUCGCAACCCGGACAAUCUGGCCUGGGUAGGAAAUUGGACGGAACCACCUACGGCCCCGGCAUACAAUUCGAAUUUCAAAGACGCCCUCGUGGAAGAGCACAUUCUCCUUGUCUCUUGCGGUCACGACCACGUAAACGAUUACUGCCUACCCGCCAACGAUAAAGACAAGAAGGCCGCACUGUGGAUGUGUUAUGGUGGCGGCGCGGGAUUUGGUGGAUAUGGUGGCUACUAUGGAUAUCACAGAAGAGUGAGGUUCUUUGAGAUGGACAUGAACGAGGCCCGCAUCACGACCUGGAAGAGGCUGGAGUGGGGCGAUGAAGAGACGCUGAAGAGGAGGAUUGACGAGCAGAUCGUAGUGGAUGGUGGGAAAGUCGUCACGGGUAUGUGAUGCAAAGAAAGAAACCUUUCCGCCCGAACGUGACAUCGUGGGUACGGGAAUUUUGGGCAAUUGACGAUUGCAAUGAUUUGCUUGCAUUGCUGUUAUAUCGUUGGCUCUACAGAAGGGGAGCUUUGUCAUGACCAGAUAGAGCAUGUAUAUUCGCAUGGCGUUCAGCGUUAAGAUCGGGCUGGGGUGGGUCAGGUUGAUUUCGAAUUGUCGUAUCACCAAGGGUUUUGUUUUUGCAGGCUUGAAUCUGUCACGAUUCAGGCGCUCGAUUGACAUGGUACAGAGAGAAAUGGCCGCGGACAAAAGCAUUUGAAGGGGUUGCGCAACGACCAAGGAAAGGAAAGCCAUGAUACCCUGAGAGAAAAUGUAUAAGAUCAUUGAUCUCCCUUCAAACCGCUCCUCUUGACUCUUGAGUCCUCGCAAGGUCUUUCUACGGGUGACUCCUGUUUCACCACCAUUUCUCGCAAAGCACUCUCCUGUCCUCCAUCCCUGGC